AUGGCCACGAUAGCCAAGCCAUUGAACUCUCCGCUGCCGUCCCUGCCCCCUAAGUUCACCGGCCCACCACCUCGGAGCAUCCCAAGGCGGCCCGUUGCAGCUCCUGUUACCGUGACACCAACACUGGCUCCAACCUCUGGCGCAACGUUGGCGUCUCCGAAUCCGUUGCCCUCACCUGGGGGUUCCAUCUCGAGUAUCCUAUCAGCCUACUCCAACCACACGGCUGACUCGCGGUCGUCAUCAGCAACCUCACCCAAGGGAGUGCUUAAUUCGAAAGGCGCAUAUUCGGUUGUGUCACCAAAUCUGGAUACGCAAAGGAGUGGCGCACAGUCCGGGGCCCUGACGCGUGAUUUGCCAUCUCUACCGUCGGAUCAAAAUGUGCAAAAGCCAGAGAACAACGGCAAUCAAAUCCCCGAGGGAGAUGAAAAAAAGUUGCCGCCGCCGCCGCCUUUGAAAGAUGCCCAGCGCAGUAGUCCGCGACCUCGAACGCCCGCCAGCUCACAAACCCAGAUCACCCAACCAUCAACGACGACGAAUACUGGAUCGCCGUUAGGGAACGGCUCCCCGCAGCAAGAGCAACUCUGGAGGCGGCGAUCGCUAAAAGCUGAUAAAAGCUUGGCCGUUCCGGAUCUCAAACUCGUCUCCAGUCACGGUUCCACUGCCGCGUCAGCCCAAAACACUGAGCAGGGCGGGAACGAUCUGUUUUCACAACCGUUCCCACUUCCUCCCCGGAACAACCCCGAAACGUUAGAGCCUGCCACGACACAGCGAGCUCCACCACGAGGUGCCAACGGGGGUCUGCCCGGACGGGAUAUCCGACCCGCUCUAAGUCAGGAAACUGUCUCGCAAGGGGAAGCAAGUAUGGGGCAAGAGGCGUCGCGGCUCAAGGAGAAGCUAGGGAAUGGAAGGCGACAAGGAAGCCGAGAGGAGCUGAAAUCGAAGAGCCAGGAAGCGCAGGCAUAUCAAGCAGCGCUCAGUCCCGUGACAUCCGCGGCCGUCUCCCCAGUCUCGGCAGCUCGCCUGCCCACGCCCGAGUAUGGCACCAACGAUGUCAAGAGCCCGCUGCCGGACACGGUCGUUUCGCCCCUGUCGCCGGCGUCAUCUCCCGAGCUCCCCGGCGAGACAAAGCCGAUAGCUCGGAAAGCUAUCGGGACCGCGGAAGCGCAGCUACGCCAUGCCAAGAGCAGCCAAUCUCUAGCACCGGGACAAAUCAAUACAGGGCUAGCGGUGCGCUCGCCAAUAGGUCUCCCAACGUCUCCGCGGCCCGAUCGGGACCAGACAAGCCAGAAGCAGUACAUCCCGUAUUCCCCGCCGGCCGACCGCAACGCUGGUCUAGGGCUAGCCCAGUUUCCCGCGCCGGCCCCCAAAACUGACGACGAUGAGCGCGCCCUGCCCGCUGCCCCACCCCGGGAGGCGUCACAAGCCGUUCCACCCCAGCCCGCAACCCAACAACCCCGCUGGCCCCAGAACCCCAACCGCGAUCCCAUCCCACGAACCAUCUCCGAAACGGGCUCCGUCGAGACCGUAAAACCCUCCCACCCCCGGAGCCACCAAGAAGAGCCCACCCUCCUCCACCAACAGCCCUCCCACCCCAGCCUGACGCUCACCGCCCCGGCCGAGGCCACCACCACCACCACCACCACCAACCCCGACGACCUCCCCCUACGCGAGCCGGACCCCAACGAACCAGACACGACCGACCACCCGGGCGCGGCGCUCUUCCCCCGCGGGUGGUACACGCCGCUCCCGCCCGACAGCGUCCCGGAAGCGCGGCCGCCGACGGCGCGCCAGCGCGCCUGCAUCACGCAGCACCGCUACCUGACGGCCAACCGCCAGCGCGUCAACCCCGUCGCCUGCCGCACGUGUGGAUACGUGGAUCGCAAUGCUGAGUGUUACAUCUGUAGUGCGUGCGCGUUGAAUGUGUGCUCGGGGUGUGUGGCGGUGUUGAGGCGGGUGAAGGGGGAUUUGGAGGCGGUGGUGAAGGAGGUGGGGAGGGGGAGGAGGGUGGAGAGGGGGGAUGAGGGUGUGGGUGGGUUCGUUGGUGCUGGUGCUGGUGCUGGUACUGGUGCUGGUGAGGGGGGAGUGGUGGAGGUGGGGAUGUAG